UGUCUGUGACCCUUUAUUUGUUUGUUUUUUCUUUCUGGGUCAAAUUCGUUCGGCUGGUGGAGAUUGAGUCUUUGGUUUUCUUGGUAUUGUCUGAUCAUAAAUAAAUUCAAGGGUUCUUCUGUGAACAAGCUAACUAGACGAGGAUUCAUUAAAUUGGCGGGUGAGCGUCAGUUGUUAGUGGUUGCGUUCGAAGAAGGAAAGUUUACUUUUUUGUGGUUGACGAACGAUCCAAUAAAAACGACCACCUCCCUUUCUUUCCUCCUUGAACCCGUCAAAUUUUCCCGAGAAAAUUCAAAAGAAAAUUACCUAAUUUUCUUGGGGAUUCUCAAUGGGGAAGACUGGAUUGUUCGAUCUUGAAAAGCACUUUGCUUUCUAUGGAGCUUACCACAGCAACCCAAUCAACAUAGCGAUACACAUGCUCUUCGUUUGGCCAAUCCUCUUCACGAUUCUUCUUAUCCUCUACUUCACGCCCUCGUUAUUCAGUUUUGGGUUUCCGCUGUUUUGGAGCCAUGUUGUUCUGGUUUUCAACAUCGGCCUCUUGUUGACUUUAAUCUAUUCGGUGUUUUACGUCUGUUUGGAUGCGAAAGCUGGCUCCUUGGCUGCUCUGCUUUGUGUUAUUUGCUGGUUUGCUAGCUGUUUCCUUGCAACCCAAUUGGGAUUUUCCAUCUCUUGGAAGGUUGUUGUGGUGGCUCAGAUUGUGUGUUGGACUGGACAGUUUAUUGGCCAUGGGGUUUUUGAGAAACGGGCACCAGCUUUGUUGGACAACCUUGCACAAGCCUUUCUAAUGGCUCCCUUCUUUGUUCUGUUAGAGGCUCUGCAAAGCUUCUUCGGUUAUGAGCCAUACCCAGGGUUUCAUGCAAUAGUUCAAGCAAGGGUUGAUGCUGAAAUCAAUGAAUGGCAAGAGAAGAAGAAGAGAUUGAUCUCUUAGUCUGUGUAACUGAAUUUAGGUUUCAGUGAUGUUAAUUACUUUUACUGUAUUUUACGGGAAUGGUAGAAACAAUGCCAAAGCUUUAUUCUGGUAUAUAGUAUACGUGCUGUGGCUUAUAAGCUUUGAAAUAAAUGUACCCCCUGAACUUUUGAGAAUGCCA